ACGGGAAAGAAGUGUUGCUAAGACUGCGUCUUGAGCGUCUGUGUUGCAGGGAGUGCUUGCUUAAAAACUUCGUUUCAGGGUAACUUUCUGCACAGUGACAAAGAGCGUUUCUGGCAUACGUAGAAUAGGUCUUUCGUACUACAUUGGAAGAGGCUGUAUCUGACUUGUUUUUAGUUUAGUCAUUUUUUAGAAACAUUUUCCAGUUUUGUGUGGACAUUUGUAUGUGCUCGCUUUCACUAACUGCACAGUUCACACUUGGAACUGGCUGCAAGUUACAUACCAUAAUUGUUAUUAUUUUUUAAUUUUUUUAAUUUUUAGUUAGAAUUUUUACUUUAUAUUGUUUAGAGCUACUGUGAUUAUUUAUUUUUACUGCUUUUUGCCCUUCGUGGAUUUUUUUUUUUGUGUUCCUUGACGUAUCUGAGCAAGAAGUAGACGGUCCGAUGGCAGAACACGAGAGUUUGGAGUUUGGGAAGGCCGAUUUUGUUCUGCUGGACACGGUCUCCACACCGGAAUUCAUGGCCAACCUCAAACUCAGGUUUGAGAAGGGCCGGAUCUAUACCUACAUCGGGGAGGUGGUGGUGUCAGUUAACCCUUACCGCUCCAUGAACAUCUACGACCGGGCCACCAUUGAGCAGUACAGGGACAGGGAGCUGUACGAGCGUCCGCCUCACCUGUUUGCCAUUGCGGACGCAGCUUACAAGGCCAUGAAGAGGAGGAAUAAGGACAACUGCAUUGUCAUCUCAGGGGAGAGUGGUGCCGGGAAGACCGAAGCCAGUAAAUACAUUAUGCAGUACAUCGCAGCCAUCACCAACCCUGGACAGAGAGCUGAGGUUGAGAGGGUAAAGAACAUGCUGCUGAAAUCAAACUGCGUCCUUGAAGCGUUCGGGAACGCCAAGACCACCCGCAAUGACAACUCCAGCCGAUUCGGCAAGUACAUGGACAUCAACUUCGACUUCAAGGGAGAUCCCAUCGGGGGCCACAUCAGCAACUACCUGCUUGAGAAGUCCAGGGUAAUCGUCCAGCAGUCGGGGGAGAGAAGCUUCCACUCCUUCUACCAGCUUGUGUUGGGUGGCCCCGAACAACUUCUGCGAUCCCUGCACAUUCAAAAGGACCCAGCUGCCUACAACUAUAUCAAAGUGGGCAUGCAAGUCAAGUCGUCCAUCAAUGAUGCUGCUGAUUUCAAGGCCGUGGCUGAUGCCAUGAAGGUGAUUGGCUUUGCCCCAGAGGAGAUCCAGACUGUCUACAAGAUCCUGGCGGCUAUCCUGCACCUUGGCAACAUGAAGUUUGGCAGCGAUGGGGACGUCACGCUCAUUGAGAAUGGGAAGCUGGUGUCAGUUCUGGGUGAGCUUCUGUUCACGAAGCAGGAGAACGUGGAGAAGGCUUUGCUGUACCGCACCGUGUCAACGGGCCGCGACAUCAUUGACAAACAGCACACCGAGCAGGAGGCCAGCUACGGGCGCGACGCCCUCGCCAAGGCAAUUUACGAGCGUCUCUUCUGUUGGAUUGUGGGAAGGAUCAAUGACAUCAUUGAGGUGAAGAACUAUGAUGCAAAGGUUCAUGGGAAGAACACAGUGAUUGGCGUCUUGGACAUCUAUGGGUUUGAGAUCUUCCAGAACAACAGCUUUGAGCAGUUCUGCAUCAAUUACUGCAAUGAGAAGCUACAGCAACUCUUCAUCCAGCUGGUGCUGAGGCAAGAGCAGGAGGAGUACCAGCGUGAGGGCAUCCCCUGGAAACAUAUCGAUUACUUCAACAACCAGAUCAUCGUGGACCUAGUGGAGCAGCAGCAUAAGGGCAUCUUUGCCAUCCUGGAUGAGGCGUGCAUGAACGUGGGCAAGGUGACCGACGAGAUGUUCUUGCAGGCGCUCAACAGCAAGCUGGCCAAGCAUGCCCACUACUCCAGCCGCAAGCUCUGUCCCACCGAUAAAAGCCUGGAGUUUGACCGUGACUUCAGGAUCCGACAUUACGCUGGCAAUGUUGUCUAUUCAGUCGUGAGCUUUAUCGAUAAGAAUAAGGACACCUUGUUCCAAGAUUUCAAACGCCUGCUGUACAACAGCUCGAACCCGGUGCUGAAGGCCAUGUGGCCAGAGGGCAAGCUCAGCAUCACAGAAGUGACAAAGCGACCCUUGACUGCGGGCACUCUUUUCAAGAACUCCAUGAUCUCACUCGUAGAGAACCUGUCCUCCAAGGAGCCCUACUAUGUUCGCUGUAUCAAACCCAAUGACAUGAAGUCUCCACUGCUGUUUGAGGACGAGCGCUGCCGUCACCAGGUGGAGUACCUGGGCUUGCUGGAGAACGUGAGAGUGCGUCGAGCUGGCUUCGCUUACAGGCAGACCUACGAGAGGUUCCUACAGAGAUACAAGAUGAUCUCGCAGUUCACGUGGCCCAACCACGACAUGCCAACAGACAGGGAGGCAGUGAUGAGGCUGGUGCAGGGCUGCGGCUUCGAGCAGGAUGUGGCCUACGGCAAGACCAAGGUGUUCAUCCGCACCCCGCGCACCCUCUUCACCCUGGAGGAACAGCGCGCACAGAUGGUCCAGCGCAUUGUGAUCUUCCUGCAGAAGGUAUGGAGAGGUGCCAUUGCCAGGCUGCAAUACCGGCGCAUGCGUGCCGCCCUCACCAUCAUCCGCUGUUACCGGCGCUACAAGGUCAAGUCCUACAUCCGCGAGGUCACCCGGCGAUUCCACAACGUCCGCAGCAUGAAGGACAAGGGGAAGCACGUCAAGUGGCCCACGCCACCCAAAGUGCUGCGCAAGUUUGAGGAGGCACUGCAGGGCAUUUAUAACAGGUGGCGGGCCAGUCAUCUCAUCCGCAGCCUGCCGCCCGAGGACCUGCCGCAGGUCAGGGCGAAGGUCGCUGCCUUGGAGACGCUGAAGGGUCAUAGGGCAGACCUGGGGCUUCUGAGAGCCUGGGAGGGCAACUACCUGAAGCGUGACAAACCUGAGGCAGUCUCCUCCUUUACACUGGUGUCCAGUGAGCUGCAGCGGAAGGACAAGUUCAUGAGCGUGCUGUUCUCCUGCCAUGUGCGCAAGGUAAACCGCUUCAACAAGGCGGAGGACCGUGCGAUCCUCAUCACUGACCGGCACCUCUACAAGAUGGACCCGCUCAAGCAGUACAAACCCAUGAAGAGCAUUCCUCUCUACAACGUGACCGGAGUGAGUGUGUCCCCAGGGAAGGACCAGCUGGUGGUGUUCCACACCAAGGACAGUCGAGACCUCAUUGUCUGCCUGCAAGGCAUGGCAGUCCCUAGCGAGAGCCGUGUUGGGGAACUGGUGGGAGUCCUGGCCAGCCAUUUCAAGAGCGAGAAACGCAAACUGCAGGUGAGCAUCGUCAGCCCCACCCAGUGCAGCAUGCACGGCAAGAAGUGCACCAUCGUCGUAGAGACCAAGAUCAACCAAUCACAGCCAGACUUCACCAAGAGUCGCUCUGGGUACAUCCUGUCUGUCCCAGGAAACUGAAGAACAUCACUGGGGUGACGGAGGGGGGGGGGGGUAUAAGAAAUGUUUUCAGGCUUUCCAUGUUGAGCAUAUAAGACCUAGAGUAGGAUAUAUUUAAUAUAAGUUGUGUUAACAGGGUGAUUAUAAAGUCACUUGGGCACCCAACCUUUGUGAAAGAAACAUUACAGAGCAAUUAAACUUGACAGGAGGCGAUGGAAGGGCUAUAACACAGGUCAUAUGCACCAUGUAGCUCAUGCCUGCAGAGAGCUUGUUAAUGUUCUUAAUGUGGGCAUCAUUCCUUCUGAGACUGCAUUAAGAAAAGCAGAGUGCUGUAUAUUUACAGGGGGACACACCUCUGAUGGAUGACACCCUUCCGAUCCGCCAGGAAUGUAUAUUGCCAAGUGGUCUUUAUAAUCACUGUAAUCGUGCAACUAGGCACAUGUGGUUGGGAUGCAUUUCGAUGCACACGUAUGCUUGUGCAAAUAAACGACAGCACAUAUAAGCCCGUUUGCCUCUCUGUUUGAUUCUAUGUUAUUAUGAGAGUUUAUAUAUAUAUAUAUAUAUAUAUAUAUAUAUAUAUAUAUAUAUAUAUAUAUAUAUAUA